GACACUUGAUACCGGUAUGCUGGUGCUGCGGGUGCGCUGCGUGGACGACGGCCGCGAGCUGCUCGUGGAGCGCCACGGCGCCGACGAGCACAGCUGCUUCGUGCUGCUGCGCGGCCAAAUUCUGGCGGACGCGGACGUCGUGGACCUGAACGCCUUGUGCCCCUCGGACUUCUUCCUCGUGGACAUGGGCUUCUCGUCCGAGCUGGCGGCUCAGGCGCUGCGACAGAGCGGCAACAACCUCCUGGACGCUGCGGCGUUGCUGGCAGAAGGGAGAGUUAUGCAUGACGAGAGCAUGACGACGCUCCGUGAGCUGGCGGCGACAGAUUCGUUCCAGGCGCUAACGCUGUUGAAGGAGCAGUUCUCGUCUGAGACGCUCAACCAGCUCAACGAGAACCCGGUGGCGACGCUGCGGCUCUUGUCGCUGCCGCUCACUGAAAUGGGCUUUGCUCGAGACCUUGUAGAAGUUAUGUAUGAAUCCUGCGAUGGAGAUGAACAAGCGACAGCGAAUGCACUACUGCAGACCCUGGAAUCCUGA